CGCAAAGUUCAAGGGGGCCGAAUACUUUCGCAAGGCACUGUAUGUAGAUAUUCCAUUAAAAAUCACCCGUUUCCAGCAACAAAAGUAAUUUACAACAUUAACAAUGUCUACACUGUAUUUCUGAUCAAUUUGAUGUUAUUUUAAUGGACAAAAAUGUGCUUUUCUUUCAAAAACAAGGACAUUUCUAAGUGACCCCAAAUAUGAACAGUAGUGUACUUUCUUCCUCCUACCCCCAUAAUGUCAAGCUUGAUUAACAACCCCUCCUUCCACAUAACAUAUGCUUUCUCCACAUCAAAAAAGAUCGCUACUACAGUCUCCUUGUUCACCUGAGACUUCCUGACCUCUGCUUCUAAGUAGAGCACUGGGUCCAUAGUUCCCCUUCCUGAACCCACUCAGAUGUGGCGAUAGUAGCCCCCUGCUCUCCCGGAAGUAAGUUAGCCUCUCUGUAAUCAUAUGUUCCAUAAUCUUACAUACAUAUGAUGUUAAAGCUAUUGGCCGAUAGCUUGAUGGGUCCUUCCCUGGCUUCCGGAUUGGUACCACUACUGCCUCCUUCCAACUGCCUGGUAGUUUCCCCUCCUCCCACACUGUGGAGAAGGCACAAAAAAAACUAUUCCCCCUCAGGAGACUGAAAAGAUUUGGCAUGGGUCCUCAGAUCCUCAAAAGGUUUUACAGCUGCACCAUCGAGAGCAUCCUGACGGGUUGCAUCACUGCCUGGUAUGGCAACUGCUUAGCCUCCGACCACAAGGCACUACAGAGGGUAGCGCGUACAGCCCAGUACAUCACCGGGGCCAAGCUUCCGGCCAACCAGGACCUCUAUACCAGGCGGUGUCAGAUGAAGGCCCUAAGAAUUGUCAGACUCCAGCCAACCUAGUCAUAGACUCUGCUACACGGCAAGUGGUACCGGAGCGCCAAGUCUAUGUCCAAGAGGCUCCUCAAUAGCUUCUACCCCCAAGCCAUAAGACUCAUGAACAGCUAAUCAAAUGGCUACCCAGACUAUUGGCAUUGCCCCCCCGGAACGCUUCUGCUACUCUGUUAUUCUCUAUGCAUAGUAACUUUAAUAACUGUACAUACAUGUACAUGUUACCUCGACACAGGUGUCCCUGCACAUUGACUCUGUACCGGUAACCCCUGUAUAUAGCCCCGCUAUUGUUAUUUACCGCUGCUCUUUAAUCAUUUGUUAUUCUUCUCUUUUUGGUGGGUAUUUUCUUAACUGCAUUGUUGGUUAAGGGCUUGUAAGGUCUACCUACACCUGUUGUAUUCAGCGCAUGUGACAAAUUAAAUUUGAUUUGAUUUUGUUGUACAACACCAAAACCUUACCCAGUGCCUCAUCACUAAGAUGGGACAACAUAACAUAGCACACCUCAUCUUUUCCAGUUGAAGUUAACCCAGCCUUACCUAUUGUCCUUUUCAUCUCUGCCAUGGUAAAUGGUGCAUUCAAUGCAUCCUUUACAUCCUCCCUCAUAUCCAGCACUCCAGGAUAUUCCUCUCUUGUUCUCUCUCUCGCCCCCUCUGCCCAUCCUCUGACAAAUUUGCCAAGCUAAAUGGAAACUCCUCUGGAAAGCAUGGAGUUUAUUAGGCUACAGAUUAAAUAAAUUAUGAACUUCACAUGGUGGUGAAUGUGCAAGAUACUCCUUUCCAAUAAAUAUCGAGGGUCUUAUUCUGGUGACAUGAUUGAUGCUUGGCUGCCGUUUGACAAAUAAUAUCGCUCUUAUCCAUAAUAAUCUCAUAAUGUAGAUAGCCAACCUCCACUGUAUGUGCGAGCUUGUUAGCUAGAGCGCAUGUGCCAAGACCAGUGGGCACAUUUGCUAUUUUAACAGUCAGUAGAGUUGAAAAUGUGAUGGAAACGCAUUUAACUUGUAUUUAUUUGUAUUCGGUACAUGGGAAUUUAACAGCAAAAGUUAUUUUUCAUCUGCAAACAGACUGAUGGAAACGUAUUGCCGGUGGGAAAAUGCGCAUAUUGUUUCAUGCAGAUUGUAUAUUCGUAAUGAAAAUCUGUCUCAAAUUGAAUGGAAACCUACCUAAUGUCUAGGAGUGCAGUGAUGCGUAACAUAUUUUGGAAUGCUGUUCCUUUCAUUCAAGGUUUACAAAUGCUAUCAUCUAAUUUCCCCAUCAAUCUUUCUAGGCCGAUCCACUAUUUAAACUUACAGGCUGCAAGUAAAUUGAGGACUUUCUGGUCUCAGUGAAGCAUGGUCGGGAAUGUCUUCCUGCCUAGCUGGUAGACUGGCAGAAGUCUUAAAGCGAUGUCACCUUGUGUAUCUGGAGAGAAGAAUAUUUAGUGAAUAACUUGAUUGUUUCAGGCAAAACAAAUGAAUGAGCAUCUGACGCACCACUAGCUGGGUAUUUUCAAACUAGAUUUGCACUUCGAAGAGAAGAUCUUGGGCCUGCUUCUCUCGGUUGGCGAAGCAACCUUUUUUGUCCUUGAAGAUCGCUACUACUUAUGAAUGGACGGAAUAGCAGCGGAAUAGCCUCAAUUAUCCUUGCUACUUAGGUGUCUACUGUAGCUAGAUAGCUAGCUUCUUUACAAUGAUGUAAAGACAUGCACUACAGGAUGCCAAAUAUUUCCAGCGGAUGAGUUUUAGUUAGGUAAGAUUUAAUGUUUUUUUUUUGUUGCUAUGGUUAUUAAUUAUACUGCACUGAUAGAGCGUAAACCCCAGAAAACAGAUUUGAUCGUGGCAGCAGCAGAGAUAUGAGUGUAAGAGAUUUUAGAGCAGAAGAUCUAAAGGGGGUUUUAAGAAAAGGGGUCUGUCCCAUCCUCCCAGUUGUCCUGGAGUAAGAUCUGGGAGGACUAGAGUACUGGGAUAGGGGUGGUGAGUUUUUUGGGAUAUAGUGGUGUAUAAAAUGUGUGGGUUAGAUGGUGGUGCAAUUUAUUUUCUCCGUUUCCCUUAUUUUUUGUGACAAUGUGCAAUUCACACUCCGACCUGUGAAAGGAAACGAUAACCAACACAGCGUCCAGUCUACCGGAAACUCACACGAAGAAGUAAACAGAAAGUGAACAGUGACUAAGAACAAUUUCCACUUUAGCAUUCAUUGUUAUUUAGACGUGUAUUAACACCCUGGAACUCAAAAUAUGACUGAUUUAACUGGACAGCAUCACAUACUUACAGCGUGUAGUGUUUAAUAAGCGUUGGAGACGGGACUUGAUUGAUAUACGUGAUCUCGGUACCGCUAGUGAAACAAUGGAUAACUGUAUGGUUUUUCACACUCAAAUAGCCUCCGUCAUGGAGGUGCUAGCGAAUGCAGCUGUAGCUGAGCUCUGUAAACUCGUAGACGACGACUAUGCAGUGUUUCGUUUGGAAAUAACGCAAAGCCAGAAAGAAAACAGGGUUUUGCGAAGGAAACUACUGGAACUGAAGGUGGCAAGGGAGCGCGCAGAGAGGACAACGCGGGAGCGCGUCCUCGCCAGUCGUGUCAAGAUCCCCGACCGAAACAGAGAAAUGUCAAGAGUCACUGUCUCAGGUGAAGGACGUCUCACUGGAGGGCACAGGAGCUUUGUGAAGCCAGCGAGACACAAUACAUGGAGAGAUGACCAACCAAUCACUGUUGAGGGGAGUGGAACCUCAACCCAGCACGUUAUCGUAAUAGAGUCUGCAGAUGCAGAGGCUGCAGGUCCUGGGGUCAAGCAGGAGAGGUCUGAAGGAGAGAAGGACCCACAGCACAGCAGAGCCAUCCAGACUGGAGCGCCCCCUGUAAGCAUAGAGGACCCCACCAGUGCCCCAACGUCUCCCAGGAACCGACCCAGCGUCAGGGAGGUCAGCGGAACGCAGAACGCCGUCCUCAAGUCAGAGACCGACACCAAGACUUUAAAUUUAACACACAGGCUCUUACACACAGAUUCUGACCACAGAUCAGACCCAGGGAGACUGGGCUGUCCUCCUGCUCCCGGUUCAGAGUACUUACCGGUAUUUCACCAGAGCCAGAGGAUGGUUCAUUGCCGUGGAGAUGACUCGAUAGACACUAGUGGCGAUGAUCCGUCUUGUUCUUACACUACAGAGAUGGACCCUGGCAACAUGACCUUGGGUUUAGAGACACGGACUGAUCUGUCUAGAGGGGACUGGAACCGGUAUAGUAGUAGUGUAUACUCUGAAGGGUGCCUAGCUAAGAAAGGGGAGGUUAUAGUGAUAGAUGAGGUGAAAGUGGAGGGUGUCGUUCCUCCCACAUGGAUUGCAGAUAGUCACCUAGGAAACAGACACUCACAAGGCAGAGAUUUCUUAUAUUACAGGGAAAGCUUAGAGACACAUCCAAAUGUUGAGACCCACUCCCCUACACACACAUUCAGGGAAUCCGACUCAGUGUCCACGUCGAUGAGUCCUUCCGAUUCACAGGUAUUGAACUCAAAGGACCAAAGGGCCAAGGCUCGGGGAGCAACAUCAGGCAACGGUAAAGAGAAACGGUUCCUCUGCAUAUUCUGUAAGAAAGGCUUCAGCUGCUCCCAGAAUGUGGAGAUCCACCAGAGGAUCCACACAGGAGAGAAACCCUACAGCUGCCCCCAGUGUCACAUGUGCUUUGCUCAGUCUGGCAGCCUGAAGAGGCACCAAAGGGUCCACACAGGGGAGAAACCCUACAGCUGCCCACAGUGCGAGAAGAGGUUCUCCCGCCAACACCUGCUGAAGACGCACCUGAAGAUCCACACAGGAGAGAGGCCAUAGCGCCUGUACGCCUUGCAGGAAGAGAUUCUCAGAGAGGAGCUACCUCAGGAUACACCAGCAGAAAAAACAUUCCACUCUAUAACAUAGAAAGUUUGUUUAGAUCAAACCCUGCAAUGAAGGUAGACUCAGCGAGAUUACUUAGAUGCACAAAGUAAACAGCAGUAGUGGGUCAAUUUCUACAACAACUAAGAGCGUUGAAGCACAAGGCUAAAUUUCUGAUGUUUUGGUCCUGCGGCUACCACGUUGUAGCAGCGUAAAGCGAACUCAUGUACAUGCGCAGAUACUGUGUGACUGUGAAAGCAAAGUCUAGCAUCACGCUCAUCACAAUAUCUGGGGUUCUGCUCGUGGCAACCUCAUAACGCUGAGUCUUCCUUUAAAGACAAAGGUUCAUUUUCAUUGUUGUCAGAAUAACAUUUCAGUGUUGCAUAUUCCUGGGUAGAAUAUUGCAUUUAGGCAUUGUGUGAUACACAUAAUUACAUUGCCUUCAGAAAGUAUUCACACCAGUUGACGUUUUCCUAAUUUUGUUGUGUUACUGGCCUACACACAAUAUCCCAUGAUGUCAAAGUGGAAUUAUAUUUUUAGACAUUUUUACAAAUUAAUAAAAAAUUAAAAGCUGAAAUGUCUUGAGUCAGUAAGUAUUCAACCCCUUUGUUAUGGCAAGCCUAAAUAAGUUCAGGAGUAAAAAUGUCACUUAAGUUGCAUAGUUAACAUGAUUUUAUAUGACUACCUCAUCUCUGUACCCCAUACCUACAGAUACAAGGUCCCUCAGUCGAGCAGUGAAUUUCUAACACAGAUUCAAGACCAGGUAGAUUUCCAAUGCCUCUGAAUGAAGGGCACCUAUUGGUAGAUGGGUAAAAUAAAAAAGCAGGCAUUGAAUAUCCCUUUGAGAAUGGUGUAGUUAUUAAUUACACUUUGGAUGGUAUAUCAAUACACCCAGUUACUACAAAGAUACAGAAGCCCUUCCUAACUCUGCCGGAAAGGAAGGAAACCACUCAGGGAUUUCACCAUGAGGCCAAUGGUGACUUUAAAACAGUUACAGAGUUUAAUGGCUGUGAUAGGAGAAAACUUAGGAUGAAUCAAGAACUUUGUAGUUACUCUACAACACUAACCUAAUUGACAGAGUGAAAAGAAGGAAGCCUGUACAGAAGAAAAAUAUUCCCCCCAAAAUAUUUUUAAAAACUCCAAAAAGGCACUAAAGUAAAACUGCAAAAAAUGUAGCAAAGAAAUUAACUUUAUGUCCUAAAUACAAAGCGUUGUUUGGGGCAAAACCAACACAUCAGUGAGUAUGACUCUUCAUAUUUUCAAGCAUGGUGGUGGCUGCAUCAAGUUAUGGGUGUGCUUGUCAUCGGCAAGGACUAGGGAGUUUUUUUUUAUCAUAAAAAUAAACGAAAAAGCUAAGCACAGGCAAAAUCCAAGAGGAAAACCUGGGUCAGUCUGCUUUCCAAUAGACACUGGGAGAUUAAUUCACCUUUCAGCAGGACAAUUACCUAAAACACAAGGCCAAAUAUACACUGGCAUUGCAUACCAAGACAACAUUGAAUGUUCCUGAGUGGCUUAGUAUCAGUUUUGACUUAAAAAAAAAAAAAGUAAGAAUAAUGUGCAAAUAUUGUACAAUCCAGGUGUACAAAGCUCUUAAUAAGGACUUACCCACAAAGACUCACAGCUGUAAAUCGCUGUCAAAGGUGAUUCUAACAUGUUCUGACUCGGGUUGAAUACUUAUAAUCAAGAUGUUUUUUUUUUUUUUUUUACAAAUGUAUAAUUUUUCUUCCACUUUCAGAGUAUUUUGUGUAGAUCGUUGACCAAAAAAAAUACAAUUAAAUCAAUUUUAAUCCCACUUUGUAACACAACAAAAUGUGGAAAAAGGGGUGUGAAGGCCGCACUUAAUUUUUAUAUUGUGCUUGCACUGUGUAGACUGAUGUUCAAAUGCCAUUGAAAUACCCCAAAAAUUUCCGAGAAAAUUAAUGCAGAUUUGUUGUUGAGAUGUGUGGUUUUCAUAUUGUGUAUUUAAAACUUGUUUCUGUUUAAUAAAUACAAAAUUGGACUUUA